AUGCCGCCGCCUCAACCCUCGUACGUCUCGCGCUCGUCCGACAAGGCCUACGACCCUGCGACCCUCUCGGACGACGACGACGACGACACGGCUUCUAUCACGAGCCGCUCGACGUGGGCCUCGUCGGCAGCAGAAGGCGGUGAGACGACUAUUCUCGGCCUCAUCGACGGCCGCAUCUCGUCGACCAAGGAGGACGAGCUCAGCAACUGGAAGAUCAGCCGAGUCGGCGGUCAACCCUCGUUCCCGCUCUCGGUCCCGCCCUCGACCUCGGCCUCGCGCUGCCUGUCGUGCUCCCGGCCCAUGCCCCUCCUCGCCCAGGUCUACUGCCCGCUCCCGUCAUCUUCUCUCGAGCGCGUCAUCUACAUCUUCUCGUGCCCUCGCCCGACCUGUCGCCGCAAGGACGGCGCUAUCCGGGCCUGGCGCGCCAACGGCCUGUGGGCCGAGGGCGCUGCCGAGGAGGCGCGCAAGGCCGAGGAGGACGCCAAGCGGGCGCGCGACGAGGCCGACAAGGAGGACAAGCGCAGGAGGGCGCAGGCGAUCGACUUGGGCGGGCUCGUCUUCGGCGGCGCCGCGGCGGUGGGAGGGCUUGGGGCAGUAGCCGGAGCGGCGACGACGACGGGCGCUGGUGUUGCCAAUCCCUUCGGGACGACCACGACUAGUUCCCCCUCCUCGUCUGCUGCCAAUACUACUGCCGCUCGUUCCACCAACCCGUUCGCGUUGCCCGCCUCGUCGUCGUCGUCGCCCGCCGCCAGCUCGAACCCGUUCGCGCCCGCCGCGUCGGCCUCGUCGCCGUUCAACCCGUUCGCCGCGCCCGCACCUGCACCUGUACCUGCACUCGGCGCAACCCUCGCCUCGGCGGCCGCAAACCCGUUCGCGGCGGCACCCUCCUCGGCGGUCCCUCCUUCCGACACCUCCUCGGCCGCUCUCGCACUCGAGCCCGUCACCUCGACCUGGUCGUCGUCGUCGUCGUCGUCGAGUGAGGCCGACAGCCUGCCGGCCUACCCAGCGUGGUACAUCUCGACGAUGUACGAGCCCGCCGGCGCACCGGCCCCGUCCUCGUCCUCCGGCGCGCCCAAGGGCAAAGGCCGGGCGCGCGACGCCGACCUCACCGCGCUCACGAGCAGCAUGUCGCUCGGCGACGGCGACGACGGUCGGCUCGAGGGCGUCGACGAGGACGACGAGGACGACGAGCGCGCGCGACCGGGCAAGGGCGCCGGCGGGCGGACCAAGAAGGGCGCGGCGGGCGGGCAAGGGCGCAAGGACGGGAGCGGCCGGACAAAGGCGAGCGCUGCGCCGAGCGCGGGUGCGGCGGCGGGAGGCGGCGGGUGGGAGGGAGAGGGCUACGAGGUGCAGAAGGUCAAGGGCGUCGACGAGGUCUUCUUGCGCUUCCAGGAGCGGGUGCAGCGCGAGGGCAAGCAGGUCAUUCGCUACGAGUUCGCCGCCCACCCUGUCCCCUACACGGCGUCCUCGGCCGCCUACCGCCUCGCCUAUCCAUCCUCGUCUUCCCUCGCGACUGCUCCCGGCGCAGCAGGCCCCGUCGCGCCGAGCGUCGGCGCGUACACCCCGUCGCGCCUCCCUCGCUGCCGUUCCUGCGGCGGCGCGACCGCGUUCGAGGCGCAGCUCAUGCCGCACCUCGUCGGGCUCGUCAAUGCCGCUCCCGGCGCCAAGGACGGCGAGGCGCAGGACUGGGCGACGGUGUGGGUGUUGAGCUGCGUCGCCGAGUGCGAGGGAGGAGCCGAGGGCGGCGGCGAGGGCGAGAGCUGGAGGGAGGAGAGGGUUCUCGCCGAGUGGGAGGAGGAGGCGGUCUAG